CUCGAAACUUGAUCCUGAGUCUCGAAAGCAAUGGGAAACUAAAAUUUGCUCAAGUGACGAGUUACCAGUGCUUUCAGAGUUCAGAGAUUUUUUAGAAUCCAGAUUCCGUGCUCUCGAAUUUUUAGACACCAAGGUAAUUAAGCCAAAACCUAAGGUUCACCAUGUAAUUAGUAACAACAAAUCUAGUGACAGUUGUCUAUUUUGUAAUGAAAGUCACAAAAUAGCAAAUUGUAAAAAGUUUGCACAAGAAAGUUACGAAACUCGUCAUAGCUUUGCACAAACCAGGCGCUUGUGUUAUAAUUGUUUAAAUUCAAACCACUCCAUUAAGUUUUGUAGACAAUCGUCGUCGUGUCGUAUUUGCAAACGUAGGCAUCAUUCACUGCUUCAUCCUUCGAUGUCAAACUCCACCGAAGCUAGUAAGGGCUCAAAUACAGUUGAAUUAGUUAAAUCAGCCGUAUCAAAUGUUAAGGCAUCGUUAUUAGAAGGCAAUCCAUCGACUUCUAACAUAGUUUCGCAUUUUUCUAAAGGGUCAGUACCUACUCAAGUUUUGUUGGCUACCGCUCUUGUCGAAGCACAGACAAGAAGUGGUUCUACACAACUGCUGAGAGUGCUAUUAGAUCAAGGAUCUCAGGCUUCAUUCAUAGCAGAAUCAGCAGUGCAGCUACUUGGACUUAGGAAGAAACCGACGAAAUCGGUAAUAUCUGGUUUAGGCGGUGAGAGAAGCUCUUUUGCUUCAAAGUUCACAGUCACAAUGACUAUUCACUCACGCUUAGAUCCCAGUUUUAGUGUCCAAGUAGAAGCGUUCGUACUAGGUACCAUUACUUCGCUUUUACCCUCAGAGAAAUUAGAGCAAUCUUAUUGGCCCGAGCUACAGGGGAUAACCUUAGCUGAUCCCGAAUUCCAUAUUCCAAGUAAGAUAGAUAUCUUACUUGGUGCGGAAAUAUAUAGUAAAGUUCUAAGAGAUGGUUUAAUUCAAGGAUCACCCAACCUACCAGUAGCCCAGAAUACUGCGUUAGGAUGGAUCAUUUCUGGACAAGUCGCAUCCAACAGUAGUUCCAUUCAUUGUCAUCAUGUCAUUCAAAGCAGCUCAGAUCAGGCUGAUGACAACGCACUUUUGCGACGGUUUUGGGAAAUAGAAUCUGUUAUCCCUGAAAAGAAAAUCCUUUCAGUGGAAGAGCAGCGAUGCGAGGAUAUUUUUUCACAAACUACUAACCGUGAUGAGGAGGGUCGUUAUGUUGUUAAUCUUCCCUUUCGCGAUCUAGAUCCUCAGUGUCAAUAUGGAAGGUCAAGAGACCUAGCGAUAAAAAGGUUUAAAAUUCUUGAAAACAAGUUCAAUAGAGAGCCAUUACUUAGGGUCCGAUAUUCCGAAGUUAUAAAGGAGUAUAUUAGCCUUGGUCACAUGGUACCAGUACACGAUGAUAAACCUACAGCUGUUUAUCUACCGCAUCAUGCCGUGGUCCGUGAAGAUAAGACCACGACCAAAGUCAGAGUAGUUUUCGAUGCGUCAAUGAAAGGGGCAAAUGGGGUAUCGCUCAAUGACGAUCUUAUGGUGGGUCCCCCUUUGCAACCCCCUUUACGUCACCUCAUCAUGGCAUGGAGAAUGCACCCCAUAAGUCUUUGCGCCGAUAUUGUAAAAAUGUAUAGGCAAAUAAAGAUUUCUCCAAUGCACACGGAUUUUCAGCGAGUAGUGUGGCGCGACGAUCCAGCAGCUGAAAUAAAGGUAUACAAAUUAGUACGGGUUACGUUUGGUACAGCGUCAGCUCCUUACCUUGCAGUUAAAUGCUUACAGCAGAUUGCGGCCGAUGAAGGUCAAAGUUAUCCUGAAAUAGUCAACAUAAUUAAAAGGGAGUUUUAUGUGGAUGAUUUAAUGACAGGGUGUCAGACUGUUGAAGAAGGAUUUCACAUUUUUGAGAAAUUAACGGAGUUGCUCUCCAAAGGUCAAUUCCAACUACAGAAGUGGGUAAGCAGCUGCGACAAAUUGAACAAGAGGAUUCAAGCGUGUUCUGGAACUAAUAUA